AUGGAUACUCGAAUUGAUACCUCGGUCACCGUGGAGCAGCUGCCGCCCUCCAUCACUCUCAGUGUCGAUUCACCCCCCACAGAGACGCUCUCGGCUCCCCGAGUGACCAUUAGUACCCUUGGAGACCUUCCGAUGAUGCCUCCCACCGACAAUCAACCGGCAGAUCUUCCCUCAGAACCCUCCUCCCAAAACGAUGAUCAACAACCACCAGUCACAGUAUCAGACCCCACACCGCCACAGCCUCCCCACCCCGAGCUCGAACAUGCAUACUGGGCCGAAAUCGAGGAGGAUACCUCGGUGCCAGACGAGGAGGAGAUGAAGGAAAUCGAGUCGACCGCCGAUGGGGACUAUAGUGCUUAUGAGUAUGAUUACUGGGAGAAGAACUUCCAUCCGGAUCUGGAAGAUCCGGAAUAUAAGCCGGUCGAAAAGGCCCGUUUGACAUGGAAGGUCCGUGGCGUCCGGGGCACAAAGGACUGCCCCAACCGCAACAAGAUCAUGCGGUCGCCCCCGGCGUACAUUGGUGGUUACUGGUGGACCAUCAAGUUCUUCCCGCGUGGUAACAACGUGGGUUCGCUGAGCAUCUACCUUGAAUGCUCGCCAACCAUGCCCCAGCCCGACAAGACCUUGCCCGACACAGAGUUCAAGGUCGUACGGGGGCCGGCCGACGCGGUGCUCAAUAAUGACCUGCCGGAGGUGGACAUGAAGUUGGCCCGGACCGAAGAUUCAGACCGUUGGCUGGAGAACUUCAAGCAGCAAUACCCCGCGGCGGCAAAGACCGCAGACGAGGGCAACGGCACGUGGCGAGUAUCGGCGCAGAUUGGGGUGAUUCUGUACAACCCGGACGAGCCUCGCACCGGGUGGAUGCAGUCGUCGUGUCACCAAUUCAACCCGCACAAUCUGGAUUGGGGCUGGACCAAUUUCCACGGCCCGUGGGACCAGAUCCACCGCCGCCAGCGGGGCCAGCGCCAGGCCCUACUCCGCAAUGACACCUUGGCGUUUGAUGCCUACAUCCGCAUCAUUGACGACCCCACUCGCUCGCUGUGGUGGCAUGCCAGCGACUCGGAACCGACCUGGGACAGCUUGGGUCUGACAGGCUACCGCCCCCUGGGGGACUCGGUCAUCAACCACAGCGCCGAAGUCGCGGGACUCGCUUCCUGGCUGCACAUCGCCCCCUUCUGUAAAAUCAUCCAGGAGGCUCAGGUGCUCGGACAUCUCUCCAAUUGUGAUGUCAAGCCGAAGCCGCUCUGCGAUGCCUUGCAGAAAUUUCUCUGGCGUCUCCGUUCCCGCAGUCAGUCGCUGCAGUAUGUUGACACCGACGACAUCACAUCCACUCUCCGCAACCUGCAGGAGUACUCGGGCGAUGUCUGUGAGUUCUGGGAACGCCUCCGGCGCACCAUCGAGUACGAAUUGGCGGACACCGAUGCUCCCACGGAGCUGGCCAAGCUCUUUGACAGCCCCGUGCUGGACGCCCCGGCAGCCGAUGCCGUGAACACCAUCCCGACCGAUUUCAACUCGCGCAUCUGUGUGCCGGCAGACCAGGCGAAGACCAUGCGCGAGGCUCUCGGCUGGUAUCUGGAUCAGAAAUCCGGGUGCUGGGUGCUGCCCCCCAUCCUUCAUGUCGAGUUGAGCCGGCACCGGUUGGACAAGGCAGCCCGCCAAUGGCGGCUGAUCUACAAUCGCGUAGAGCUGGACGAGGAGCUGGACUUGACCCCGCAUCUGGUGGACGGUCAGUGCGGACACUACGUGCUGUAUGGUUAUAUCGUCCACCGCGGUCGGCGCACGUCCGGCAAAUUCUUCAGCAUCCUGCGUCCCGGUGGCCCCGGUACCAGAUGGCUUGCCUUUGACGAUGGCAGUGACAACCGGGUCGAAUGCCUCACGCGCAAGACGGCCCUCGGGCCGCACCUGGGUCUGGAUGAAUCCGCCAAGGUCGACCAUAAGACGGGUCACGACGUCGCGAUCGCGGUGAUGUACAUUCGCAGCGAUGUGGCCAAGGACUUCCUUCCCGGACCGCAGGGUCCUUGGGAUGUUUCGCCUGCGCUCAAGGAAUACUAUGAGACCGGCGUACAUCCUCUUCCCAAGUCCUCGGAGGGGAGGGCUCCGGCGACAGAGAUCCAGGUUGAGGUCUACGCACCGCCUGAAUACGAACAGCUGCCCAGCUUGUUUGACAGCUACGACUUGAUGUCUCAGGCCAAGUCUGCCAACCGGGUCCUGUAUAUGACUGUGCCGCGCUACGAGAGCUUCGUGGAACUCCGCAAGAAGAUUGCGCUCUGGGCGUCGGCUGGCAGUGAAAAGCCGGCCUCGCCGGAGAAUAUUCGCCUGUGGCAGCUUGGACACACUCUUGAUCGCUUUGGACCGACUUUGGCGUUCGACCGCGUCUCGGACUUGGCCACGACCCUUGAUAUACCCACGCAGACCGUCCGUCUGUGGAUGCAGGUGGUUGCGGACGCACUAGACGAGGCGAAGUACUUUGCCAUGAGGGACCCUCGCGAGGCGGUCGUCUCGGAGAAUAAGCCUGAGGAAGCGAUCGUCGAACGGGCCGGCUCGGAAUCGUCCGAUGACCACCCUCCCGUUUCCGAAGCUCGAAAUGGAGAGGCUGAGGCCAGCUCCUCUGGAAACGUCACGGAACGCGAUCUGAGCAUUGGUGAAACCAGCUCUGCGGAGCCAUCCCAGCCGCAAACUGGGGAAGAUGAAACGCCUACGGAUUCACCAUCCGAACCUGCCCUCGGAGCCGAGACCACUGAUGUCGCCACGACCAAUGCUGAGAAUGAUGCGGUCAUCGCAGCAAUCAUUGCCGAGGAUUUCCAGCAAGCCGAGAAUGAGUCCCCAGAGGGCUCUCAAGAAACGCCUUCUCCUAGUGGCUCUGCAUCAGAAGUACCCACUGAGAAUCGGGCUCCCUCUCCCGCCCCUGAGGCCGUGCCGGUGACUCCUGAGGAGCCUGAAAUCCCGCUGCCGGUUGAGCAUGUCUAUUAUUUCAUCCAGAUCUUUGAUGUCGAGGCGCAAGCCCUCCGCACAGUGGGAUCGUUCUUCUCCCGAAAGGAGGAGAAGGUCAAGGCCGCUCUACGCAAGCACCUGAAGUGGCCUCUGAUGAAGGACUUUGCAAUCUGGCAGCGAGUGGAUGGCAGCACCGUGACGACCAUGUCCUCCGUGGCUACCUUUGACACUUAUGUGCCAGAUGGAACGUGCUUCAUCGUCGGCGACAAAUUGAACAAGGACCGACGCACGGAGCUCAGCGUUGCAGGGUUGUUCUCCAACCCUGACCGUCUGAUCAACUACCUCUCCGCUGCGGAGCGCAAACACCCCCUCCGCGCCUUCACCGGCACCAAGACCAUCGACGCCUCCUUCACGAGUGAAUAUUACAGCGGCGAGUUCAUGAAAGGCUACUAUCACGGCAAGGGCAGGCACAUCUCCGACUCUGUCGCCACCUACACCGGCGACUUCAUCUUCGGCAAGCGCCACGGGCAGGGCGCCAUGGAGUACCCCACCGGCGACACCUACGACGGCGACUGGUACGAGGACCAGUGCCACGGGCAGGGCACCUUCGUCGAGAAGAAGACCGGCAACAAGUACGUGGGCGGCUACAAGGACGGCAAGCGCCACGGCCGCGGCAUCAGCUACUGGGAGGUCGCCGACCAGGAGAUGGACCUGUGCCAGAUCUGCUACAGCGAGGAGCAGGAUGCGCUCUUCUACGACUGUGGACAUGUCUGCGCGUGUGUGACGUGCGCGCGCCAGGUCGAUAUCUGUCCCAUUUGCCGGAAGAAUAUCAUCAGUGUGGUGAAGAUCUAUAGGACAUAG